GGUAUCACCUCUUACCAUGGAACCAAUCUCAUCCAGUCUCCCCACUCGCCACCAACCUGGCUUCCAACUGAACAACUUGCCCGACUUCCCCUGUCUCAGGCCUGUCCGCUCUUAGGUCUUGCUGUGCCGGAGCCCCGGCUUUUUCAGGGCUGGCUAGUUGUGCUUUCUGCAGGACAGAGUACGUACUUCCAUCUGCAUUCUCUUAUUUCAUUUUAUAGAUGA